CAUCCUAAAACUGAGUGGAAUUUCUACAAUUGAAGAGUUAUGAUUACUGGGCGGUCAAAUAUGAAGAGUGAAAUCUGGUUUGUAUGCACCGGAAAGCAUUGCAGACGUUAGAAAGAAUAGAUUCGACUGUUAAAAUGGCGUCAUCAUGUGAUCCGAAUCUAGAUACACAGCCUUAUUGUGCAGGAAAUGAUGUUUCUGCUGAUGAAUCAUACAUCAUCAUGGAUCUACCUCCACAUUCUCCUUUCACCUUAGAUACACCAUACUCUGAAAGGUCGCCACCUCUCAAUGAAGAGAAAUUCCUCACCAUGUUUGACAGUGAUGGGCGUCUUGUGCAAGAACGGCAGCUGAGGAAGGCAGUUUUUCUUGGUGGAAUCCAACCUUCUCUCAGGAAAUCUGUGUGGCCAUUUCUGUUUGGAAUGUAUCCAUGUCAGUCAACUAAAAGAGAACGAGAAAUAAUUAAGUUGGAGUAUGUAAUAAAGUACCAUGAAAUGAAGGCCCACUGUCUCCACGUCCUCAACAAAUUGGAGGCUGCUGCUGCUAAAGCAAAUACAGGGGAUCAGGAUAUUGAUGACAAUAUUAUGUCAGAGGAAUUUUAUAAUGAAGACAAUAGUCCAAAUUUAAAUUUAGUAAAGUCGCCGUCGUCUGGAGAUGAGACCAGUUGGAUUACUGUCAAUAUGGAUUCAUCAGUUAAUUCAAAUGAAACUGUGCGAUCAAUUUCAAAAAGCCCAUCUCAAAGUAGUCUUUCAGAAGAAAUUUUUACAGAUACCAGUAAAUUUUAUAGCUCUUGUACAGUAUGUGGGCAGCCAUUGGACAGUGUAGAGAAAAUGUCUUCCUUUGAAGAUACAUGUUCCGGUAAAGAAAGUUCUGUUGAGCAUUUUUGUACUUGUUUUCAUUCCUUGUCUUCUGAAGUUGUGAGUCCUACCAAUGAUUUAGGAGGAACGCAGAGUUCUUCAAAAGACAGUGAAUUAAAUUUGGAAGAUAUUGCUGCUGCUGUGGCAGAGGCUGAAGCCAAAAGAUUUCAAACUAAUGUCUUUAAAUCGGAUCUUAUCAGUUCUGGUCUCUCUCUUGAUUGGAAUUCACCAGAUGUACAAAAGCAGAUCAACUUCAUUGAUUUUCAAGCACAGAUCUAUGCCAAAAAGCAAAAAGUACAACGAAAGAAAUUUUGGGGCAUGAGGAUUAUAAAGCGUGAUGUGCCUCGACUGACCGUAACCAACCAUGAACUUUUUCGGGAGGACGACAGCAAGUAUUUAGAAUGGCUGAGGAAUAUGCUGACAACCUACACCUACUUCCAUCGGGAAGUAGGAUACACCCAAGGCAUGAAUGAUAUUGCUGCUAGUUUUUUAUCUACAUUCCAGAAUGAGCCAUUGGCAUACUGGUGUUUCCAAUCUUACAUGGAAUCUGUGAAAGAAGAAUUUAAAGAAGAUGGAUUAGUUCGGAAGAUGGAUAAAGUGCAACAGUUACUGAAUGAAGUUGAUGCAGAGGUCCGUCGUCACCUGACAGAAUAUCAACUCAGUAUGGUCUGUUGUCAAAGGUGGCUUGUGGUUGGCUUCAAGAGAGAAUUUGAUUUGGAGGACUCACUAAAGUGCUUUGAAAUCAUCAACAGUCGUCAUUUAGAACUGACAGCUGUUGAAACAGAAUUGAUACGUAGGAAAGACUGUAAAUUUGAUUCUGAUGACUUUGGAGGUACUCUACGAAUGGUGUCUUCGAUGGAUAAGCCACCAUACUCAUUUGACAUCUUCAUGUGUGCUGCUCUUUUACUUGAAUUGCGAGAGGAAAUAUUUAACUGGACGUCAUUAGAAGAUAUAUAUGUUGGAAUGAAUAGCAUAAAAAUCAAUCUAGACGAUGCAAUUAAAAAGGGUGAACAGCUUUUCCAUCAUUAUUGUAAAAAAAUGGUAGAUGACUGCUUUCUUGAAGUGAAUCCUGGCCUUUCUUCAAAGGCACUUUAGAAAAUCUUUAUAAUUUGAAAAUUUUUUUUUUUUAAUAUAUCCUCUCAAGGAAAUGACUGGACCAUAUUUUGCUCAGGACUUUUGAUAAUUGAUUUUAUUAUUUUUAUUAUUAUUAUCAUUAUUAUUAUUAUUAUUAUUAUUAUUAUUAUUAUUAUUAUUAUUAUUGAUGAGUGCUGUGUAUACUGUUAAAUUCUUGGUGAUCCAAGUCUAGUACACAGUUUUGAUUUCCAAUUGAAACUGCUUAUGUGGCUAACCGACAUCACAACUUCCUGUUUCUUCUGAUAGCUUGAGGUUUCUUGCCUAAAUAGGAAAUCACAAUCAUCAAUAAUUUAUUAUUAUUACUAUUUAAAUAAUUGUUAUUAUUAAUAUUAUUGACAUCAUCUUCAUCAUCACCAUCAUGUCCUCAAUAAGCUACACAUACUUUAGUAAUCUAAUUUCCUGUUUUUAUUGAUUUUAUGAAAUGUGUCAUGCAAUUUUAAUGUUUUAUCUCUUCGUAUAAAACCGUAUUGUUUAUAUAUUUUAAAUCAAAACUACUUGCUUUCAACAACUAAGAAUAUAUCUGCCUCAGCCAAGCUAAAUGAUAGGUUUAGAUUGUUAAUGAAAUAUUUUUUUAACGCUCAUUUAAGCUAAUAAAAAUUAUAUAUAUAAUAGUAUACUCUGCUCAGUUAACUUAAACUAAAUAUAAAAUAGCAAUCAACUACUUUUCAAACCUGUCUUUAUCAUAUUAGGUAAUUAUUUACUUGUAUAUUGUUAUCACAAUAACACAGUUUUAGAAUGUUUUGAGAAAUAUAUGCAGAGUCAAUAGGGCUUUUUAUUAAUAAUUUGAUGUCAAACUGGUUUGCAACAAUAAUGCACUGUCAAAAUGACUUUCAAUAAUGAUGCAAUGGCAAUAUCAUUUGCCACUAGCUCAAUGUCAAAAGUGUUUGAUGAUAACACAGCAUAAAACUGGUUUGCUGCUGAUGCAGUAUUAAACUAUAGGCACAGUUUGGCUGAAUGGUUAAGUUGUUUGUUCUGCAAUCAGGAGGUCCUGAGUUUAGUCCCAUUCUGUAGCAUCUUGGGCAAAUGUCAUUUUCUAUAGCCUCAGGUCAACCUUUAUCUUGUGAGUGGAACUGAAUAGCUGGAAACUGUAUAGAGGGAUGGAAGGCAUGUGGCCUGAUGGUUAGGGGUUGAACUCAUGUUUAUGAGAUUAUGGUUUUGAUUCCUGGACUGGGUGAUGUAUUGUGUUCUUGAACCAAACACUUAAUUUCAUGUUGUUCUGGUUCACUCAGCUGUAAAUGAUUUCCAUUGAUAGCAGGGAAGUUAACUCUGUAAUGGACUAGCAUCCUGUCCAGUAGGGAAUAUUUUAAUCUCAGUCACUUAUAUAUCAUGGAAAUUGAGUUAACCUCCAACCUUCUGAGUUCUAGGGCUCAGGGAAAGGUGAUGAAACUGUACAGAGGCCCGUCUAAUGGAUUGUACCUAUAAACUGACACUUUGUCAGUUACAAUGAUAGGAGUUCCAGUUGCUCUGAUCAACAGAACAGCCUGCUUGUGAAAUUAGCAUGCAAGUGGCUGAGUACUCCACAGACAUGUGUACCCUUAAUGUAGUUCUCGGAGAUAUUCAGUGUGACACACCAAAUGUGAUAAAGCU